CACCAGACAAUCGCCGUCGUACACGCCAUUAUGUCGGCGGUUCACGGCGUUUGCAUCUUGUCCAUGCUCGGGGGCUCGCUCUGGCAGCGUUCCUUGGCCUUCACGCCGUGGUCGUCUUGUGCCGCGGAUUCGGACAACGAAGACUCGACCAAAGUGCGCUCAAACACCGUCUUCGAGAGCUUGUCGACCAUUUACGACCGAGUCACGGCCCCAUUUGCCGUGGAAAGCGACUACUUCUACGCCGUGCUGAUAUGCCGCGAAGUCGUUGAGACCGCGUUACAGACCGCGCAAGCCCACCGGAUGAGCAUCUUGCUGCCACGAGUAAUGCUCAACCGCUUCUACUUCGUGUUGCUGGCUGUCAAUUGCCUGUCGGCGGUGGUUCUCCACUCGCUCUUCUUCAAGAACAACGAGGCCCGAAGAAGGUUCGCGUGCAUUGUACUAGACUGUGCGCUGGACCUCGUGGCGUGCAUGGGCGUG